GGUUAAGUAAGUAAGUAAGAAACUUUACCUAUAAAUUCAUCAGCUGACCUUCCCAAACAACAUAAACCAUCAAACAACAUCUUUUUUUUUCUUCUUGUUUCUCUUUUGGUCAUCACUGCCUCAGUUAAUACAUAAAUUCUUAUCAACAAAGAACAAAAUGGAGAAGAUGCCUUGCUUGAUGCUACUCCCUCUUCUAAUAAUAAUGCUUCUUCUCGUUGGAACUCAUGCAAAAAUAACAGAAUCUCCAGCACCUCAGCCUCAACCUCCUAACACUUUUCCAAUGAAUGGUACUACUCCAGGUAGUCUCCAUCCACAAGAAUGUCUACCAAGGUGCACAUAUAGAUGCUCAAAGACACAAUACAAGAAGCCAUGUAUGUUCUUCUGCCAAAAAUGUUGUGCAAAAUGCUUUUGUGUUCCUCCUGGGACUUAUGGGAACAAGCAAUUUUGCCCUUGCUAUAAUAACUGGAAAACUAAGAGAGGAGGUCCUAAAUGCCCUUAAAGAUCAUAGAGUCCUUGAAAGAACCUUUACAUUAUCAGUGUAAUUUUAACCCGUUAUAGCAGAUUGUAUAUUUUAUUUUCAGAUUAUUAGUUUCACUUA